AUGGCCGACCAAAAUAUCUCACAGUAUAAAUACUCGGCGAUGUCCAACCUGGUUCUCCAGGCGGACCGUCGUUUCAUUUCUCGCAUCAACGAUGAACCUACCGGAGAUCCAGAAUCCCUCGCGGGCCGAAUCGGUAUUCGAGAAAUGGGAUCAAGGAUAGCGCGCGAUGAUGCUCCGAAAUCCAAGAAGAAGGCUCUCGGACCGGUCGACGUCGAGCGCGGUGCGAUUCGAGAGGGCGAGGAUGUUCUUGCGCGUGAACAGAAAAAGCGACAAAAAGGCCAGCCCGCCCAACUACGCGGCCAAGGCAUUCUUUCCGCAGCCGACGCCCUCAUUGAAGGGCUGAAAUAUCGCCCUCGUACACCUGCCACCCGCGCUACCUACGAUCUAAUUCUCACAUUGACUGCGAGUCGUCUCGGUGAUGUUUCACACGAAGUCGUUCGAAGUGCUGCCGAUGCCGUCCUAGAGGUCUUGAAAGACGAGGAAAUGAAGGAUUUUGACAAAAAGAAGGAAAUAGAUGAUUUGAUUGGCACGUCAUUGAAUCCGAAAGAGUUUAACGAGCUGGUCAACUUGGGAAAGAAAAUCACGGAUUACGACGCACAAGAUGAAGAUGAGGAGAUGGGUGACGGCUUCGCGGGCGAAGAGGAGGCGGAACUAGAUGAACGUCAAGGUGUCGCUGUGGUCUUCGAUGAAGACGAGGAUGAAGAUCGCAUGGGCACUUUGGACGAAAUCCACGACGACGACGAGUCCGAGUCCGAGGAUGAGCAUGAAUCAGGCGAUGAGGAGGCUGUGCCCAAGGAAGCUGAAGAUGUGCCAACUGAGGAGAUGGUCAUCGAUGGAGGAAUGGCCCGAGAUGGAGAUCAACAAAAGAAGGGAUUGAAAGUACACGCCCGUGAAAUCGACGCUUACUGGCUUCAGCGUCAGAUUGGUUCUGCAUACUCGGAUGCCCAUAUCCAGCAAGAAAAGGCUACCCAAGCCCUCGAUAUCAUGGGCGGCAAAACAGAGGACGGCUCUGAAAAGCCAUUGCGAGACGUCGAAAAUGACCUCAUGGACCUGUUUGACUACGACUACCCAGAUCUUGUCGCCAAACUGGUUACAAACCGAGAUAAGAUUGUUUGGACUACUCGCUGGCGGCGGGUGGCUGAAGACGCUGACGCUCGUCACCUUGUCGAGAGUGAGAUGGUCGAGGCUGGACAUCGCUCUAUAUUGGAUGAGAUCCGUGGAAGGGCUGCCCGUGACGAUGAUACUGCUCGUCCCGAGAAGAGAAUCAAGAUGGAUCUUAUGGAUGUUGACAUGCCGAAUCCCCCGGCUGCCGAGCAAAAGCCCGCAGAUGGUGGACUGGUCCGUGGUCUACAGCCGAAACGAACGAUCAACUUGGAGAACCUCGUCUUCCAUCAAGGAAACCAUCUGAUGACGAACCCUAACGUCAAACUUCCCCAAGGAUCUACGAAACGGACAUUUAAAGGCUACGAGGAAAUUCACGUACCUCCACCAAAAGCCAAGCAAGAUCCGGGAGAGCGCAAGAUUGCCAUUUCAGAGCUUCCUGAGUGGGCGCAUAAGGGCUUCGGAGAUGCCAGGGAGCUCAACCGCAUCCAGACCAAGUGCUAUCCGUCCGCUUUCCAAGAUGAUGGAAACAUGCUUGUCUGCGCCCCUACUGGGUCCGGAAAGACAAAUGUUGCCAUGCUUAGUAUUCUUCGUGAAGUCGGCAAGAACCGCAACCCUCAAACCGGCGAAAUCAUGCUCGACGACUUCAAGAUCAUCUACAUCUCUCCCCUGAAGGCCCUUGUGCAAGAGCAGGUCGAGAACUUCGGCAAGCGCCUUGCACCUUACGGUAUCAAGGUGUCCGAACUGACUGGUGAUCGUCAACUUACGAAGCAGCAAAUUGCUGAGACACAGGUUAUCGUUACCACCCCCGAAAAGUUCGACGUUAUCACCCGCAAGGCGUCCGAGACGAGUUAUACGAAGCUUGUGCGCCUCAUUAUCAUUGACGAGAUUCACUUGCUCCAUGACGAGCGCGGUCCCGUUAUUGAAAGCAUCGUCAGCAGAACCAUUCGUCAAGUCGAGCAGACUGGCGACCCCGUAAGGAUUGUGGGUCUUAGUGCCACUCUUCCUAAUUACCGCGAUGUCGCCAGUUUCCUUCGUGUUGACCCGGCCAAAGGAUUGUUCCAUUUCGAUGGGUCUUACCGACCUUGUCCCCUGAAACAAGAAUUCAUUGGUGUCACAGACAAGAAGCCUAUCAAGCAGCUGAAGAUCAUGAACGACAUUUGCUACAACAAAGUCAUUGAGCAUGUUGGUCAGAAUAGGAACCAAAUGCUUAUCUUUGUUCACUCGCGAAAAGAGACAGCGAAGACUGCCAAGUACCUCAGGGACAAGGCUUUGGAGAUGGAAACCAUAGGCCAAAUCUUGAAGAGCGACUCUGCAAGCAGGGCCAUCCUUGCCGAGGAGGCCGAGUCGGUCGAUGACGCUUCACUCAAAGAUCUGUUGCCCUACGGGUUCGGUAUUCAUCACGCUGGUCUGAGUCUUGCGGAUCGUGACUCUGUUCAAGCGCUUUUCAAAGAUGGCAGCAUCCAAGUUCUUGUUUGUACAGCAACUCUUGCCUGGGGCGUUAACUUGCCUGCACACACUGUCAUCAUCAAGGGAACACAAGUCUACUCCCCUGAGAAGGGUAGCUGGGUUGAGUUGAGCCCUCAGGAUGUCCUUCAAAUGCUUGGACGUGCUGGGCGGCCUCAAUACGACACCUAUGGCGAGGGUAUAAUCAUUACCUCGCAAGCCGAAAUCCAGUAUUACCUUUCCUUGAUGAAUCAGCAACUGCCCAUCGAAAGUCAGCUUAUGAGCAAGCUCGCCGACAACAUGAACGCUGAGGUUGUGCUGGGCAACAUUCGAACUCUCGAUGAGGGUGUUGACUGGCUUGGCUACACCUAUCUAUUCGUUCGCAUGCUGCGCUCCCCUGGACUGUACAGCGUCGGUGCCGAUUACGAGAACGAUGAUGCGUUAGAACAGAAGCGUGUUGAUCUGGUUCAUUCCGCAGCCGUGGUUCUAGAGAAGGCUGGUCUUGUGAAGUAUGACAAGAAAAAGGGCCUUAUCCAGUCCACAGAGCUGGGCCGCGUUGCCUCACAUUACUACAUCAGCCACAAUUCGAUGUCGACGUAUAGUCAACACAUUCAACCCUCUAUCGGUAGCAUUGAGCUUUUCCGUAUCUUCGCCCUUAGUGAUGAGUUCAAGUAUAUCCCAGUUCGGCAGGAUGAGAAGCUUGAACUGGCCAAGAUGCUCGGCCGUGUGCCUGUUCCUGUCAAGGAAGGUAUAGAUGAACCUCACGCCAAGAUCAACGUUCUCCUACAGGCGUACAUCUCCCGUCUCAAGCUCGAGGGCCUUGCCUUGAUGGCCGACAUGGUUUACGUGACCCAAUCAGCUGGUCGUAUUCUUCGUGCUCUGUUCGAAAUCUGUUUAAGAAGGGGCUGGGCGUCUGUGGCCAAGAAUGCCCUUGAUCUUUGCAAGAUGGCUGAAAGACGAAUGUGGCCGACCAUGUCCCCUCUCCGCCAGUUCCCAAGGUGCCCGAGGGAUGUGCUGCAGAAGGCUGAGCGUAUUGAUGUGCCUUGGGGUAGUUACUUUGACCUCGACCCUCCACGCAUGGGCGAGCUUUUGGGUAUGCCUAGGGCUGGCCAAACGGUCUGUGACCUGGUUUCCAAAUUCCCCCGACUAGAGGUUCAAGCACAGGUUCAGCCAAUCACGCGUUCCAUGUUGCGAGUCGAGCUCACCAUCACACCCAACUUUGUGUGGGAUGAAGAGCUCCAUGGCACCGCGCAGGACUUUUGGAUCUUGGUAGAAGACUGUGAUGGUGAGGAAAUUCUAUUCCACGACCAGUUCGUUCUACGCAAGGACUACGCACAGUCAGAGAUGAAUGAGCACCUUGUCGAGUUCACUGUGCCUAUCACCGAGCCUAUGCCCCCUAACUACUUUAUCUCCCUCAUCUCCGACCGCUGGAUGCACUCGGAAACUCGAAUCGCCGUUUCCUUCCAGAAAUUGACCCUUCCAGAACGAUUCCCCCCUCAUACCCCACUGCUCGACAUGCAGCAGGCGCCAGUCAAGGCCUUGAAGCGUGAUGAGUACCAACGACUGUACCCCGACUGGGAGUAUUUCAACAAGAUUCAGACUCAAUCGUUCAAGUCUCUCUUUGACAGUGAUGACAACGUUUUCAUCGGCGCCCCUACAGGUAGUGGCAAGACUGUCUGUGCUGAGCUGGCACUGCUCCGCCACUGGGCCCAAGAGAACAGCGGCCGAGCAGUUUACAUUGCUCCCUUCCAAGAGCUUGUUGAUCAGCGCCUAGAGGACUGGGAGAAGCGGCUGAGCAAGCUCGCCGGUGGCAAGACAAUUGCCAAGCUUACGGGAGAGAUGACCGCGGAUUUGAAGGUCCUCGCCGGUGCAGACCUUGUUCUUGCUACACCCGCACAAUGGGAUGUACUCUCCCGGCAGUGGCAAAAGCGUAAGAAUGUGCGUGCCGUGGAAUUGUUCAUUGCGGAUGAGCUGCACAUGCUUGGAGGGUACGGUGGUUAUGUGUACGAAGUGGUUGUAUCUCGCAUGCAGUCCAUCGCCCUUCAGACCGAAAGCGGCAUGCGUAUCGUCGGUCUGAGUGUUCCUAUCGCCAAUGCUCGCGAUAUCGGUGAGUGGAUUGGAGCCAACAAGCACACAAUCUACAACUUCAGCCCUCACGCCCGACCGUUGCCUUUGGAGCUCCAUAUCCAAUCUUUCAGCAUUCCUCACUUCCCUUCAAUGAUGCUAGCCAUGGCAAGACCUGCAUACCUUUCGAUCCUGCAACACUCUCCUAAUAUGCCCGCCCUGAUAUUUGUGCCUAAUCGGAAGCAAACCCGCUCUACAGCCAUCGAUCUGUUGGCCUCGUGUGCUGUUGACGACGACGAAGACCGAUUCCUCCACGCUGAUGUUGAAGAAUUACAACCGCUCCUCACUCGGGUUCAAGAGCGUACGUUGGCUGAAUCGCUGUCCCAUGGUAUUGGAUACUAUCACGAGGCUCUGAGUCAGACUGAUAAGCGCAUCGUUUCUCACCUCUAUAACAUCGGUGCAAUCCAGGUUGUCAUUGCUUCGCGGGAUGUCUGCUGGGAACUUAACCUCACCGCCCACCUCGUCAUUAUUAUGGGAACCCAGUUCUUUGACGGCCGUGAACAUCGGUACAUUGACUACCCAAUCAGUGAAAUCCUUCAAAUGUUCGGCAAAGCUUCGCGUCCCGGUCAAGAUAAGAGCGGUAAGCGUGGGCGUGGUGUCCUCAUGGUGCCGUCCGUCAAGCGGGAGUACUACAAGAAGUUCCUCAAUGAGGCCCUGCCUGUGGAGAGUCACCUACAACUGUACAUGCAUGAUGCCUUCGUCACCGAAGUGAGCACGAGAACGAUCACAUCGACUCAAGAUGCUGUUGAUUGGAUGACGUACACGUAUUUCUACCGCCGCCUUCUAGCCAACCCAAGCUUCUACGGUCUCACCGACGUGAGCCACGAAGGCCUGAGUACCUUCCUUUCGGAGUUGGUUGAGAACACUCUGAAGGAGCUGUCUGAAGCCAAGAUUAUCGAUCUGGAUGAGGAAGAUGACAGUGUGUCGCCUCUCAAUGCGGCUUCAAUCGGUGCCUACUACAACAUCUCGUACAUCACGAUGCAGACCUUCCUCCUUUCCCUAUCAGCGCGGACAAAGCUCAAGGGCAUUUUGGAGAUCAUUACAUCUGCGACGGAAUUCGAGUCUGUUCAAAUGCGACGUCAUGAAGAUCACAUUCUCCGCCGAGUGUACGAUCGCGUUCCGGUCAAGAUGUCCGAAGCUGCCUACGACUCUCCUCACUUCAAAGCCUUCGUGCUGCUUCAAGCCCACUUUUCUCGCAUGCAGUUGCCUAUCGAUCUGGCCAAGGAUCAAGAGGUCAUCGUUAGCAAGGUACUCAGCCUUCUCAGCGCGUGUGUGGAUAUUCUCGCAUCUGAAGGCCACAUGAACGCUAUGAAUGCGAUGGAGAUGUCCCAGAUGGUCGUUCAGGCCAUGUGGGAUCGUGACAGCCCACUCAAGCAGAUCCCUCAUUUCGGCCCCGAGGUUAUCAAGGUUGCCAACGAGUACAAGAUCAAUGAUAUCUUUGAGUUCAUGGAUGCUAUGGACCCCGAGAACAAGGACUAUGCCACCCUUGUCAAGCGCCUUGGCCUCGACAACAAGCAAUUGGCACAGGCAGCCGCAUUCACCAACAACAAAUAUCCCAUUCUCGAACUCGACUUUGAAGUCGAAGACCCCGAGAACAUCACCGCCGGCGAGCCCUCAUACCUUAAGAUCAAGGUUGAGCGGGAAGUGGAAGAGGAUGAGGAGGUCGACACUACCGUCCAUGCACCUUUCUACCCCACUCAGAAGAUGGAGAACUGGUGGCUGGUCGUUGGCGACGAGAAGACAAAGAGCCUGCUCGCGAUCAAGCGAGUCACGAUUGGUCGGAAACUGGAGCUGCGUUUGGACUACACUGUUCCAACGCCUGGCGAGCAUGAGCUUACGUUGUACCUGAUGAGCGACAGCUAUGUUGGGGUGGACCAAGCGCCCACGUUCACUGUCACUGCUGCUGAGAGCAUGGAAGAGGAUGAGAGUGCCGAGGAGGAAGAGGAGUAA